AUGUCAAACCACGCACUUGUGUUCGGUGCCUCGGGCAUAUCAGGAUGGGCCCUCGUGAAGGAGGCUCUAAGCUAUCCGAAUGCUGCGGCAAUUUCCAGAGUCACUGCACUCACAAAUCGACCUCUUUCCUUAUCGGAUAGUCACUGGCCAGAAGACAAACGGCUUCAGUUGGUCAGUGGGGUUGAUUUGACCAGCCCAGUAGCCAACAUCGUCUCGUUGCUGAAUGACAUUCCAAGCAUCGAGACGGUCUCUCAUGUCUUCCUGUUCCUGUAUCUCGAUCCAGGGAAAGACAAGAAAACAUUGGCUAAAGUCAACACCGAUCUAGUCAGAGCCGCCGUUGAGGCCAUGCAACAAGUGUCUCUGGUGAUCAAGAGCUUCAUCCUUCAAACUGGUGGAAAAUCGUAUGGCCUUGAACGACCCGAUCUCGUCACGAUUAUACCUCCACUCAAAGAGUCGUACCCGAGAGUGCCAAAACCGAUUGCUGACGACAUCUUCUACUACCAUCAGUAUGAUGUGCUUGAAGCACUAUCCAAGGGCGCUUCAUGGACCUUCACCGAGAUCCGACCUGAUGCAAUGAUAGGUUUUGUCCCAGGGACAAAUGCAAUGAACAUAGCCCAAGGCCUUGCAUUCUACUUGACCCUCUAUCGUGAAGUCCAUGGAAAGGGAGCGACGGUCGCCUAUCCCGGGGCUGAACAUGGCUAUCGACACAAGCACACCGACACUUUCCAGGACAUCGCAGCUCGCGCGGAGAUAUUCGCUGCCUUGAACCCAGAGAAAUGCGGCUCCGGUCGCACAUUCAACAUCGUCAACGGAGAUGUGAUCACAUGGGCGGAUAAAUGGACGCCCAUCACGGCCUACUUUGGGCUCAACGGCAUUGGCCCUCAGGGAGCUUUUGAACCCCCAGCAGAUUUCGUUCGAAGGCAUAUCGGGGGUUGGGAUGAGCUGGUCAAAAGAGAGGGGCUGAAGCCAAGUCGCAUUGAAGCAUUCUUCUGGCCUUUCCUCGACGUUAUGAUGGAUAAGGCAUUCUUUGAUCGUCAGUACGAUGUGAGUGCUGCACGUGCGGUGGGGUUUGAUGAGACCAUCGACACAGUCAAGGCAUACACCAUUGCGUUUGAUAGAAUGCGCCUUGCUCGGAUCAUUCCGUAG